AAGCUGAUGGGUGCUGAUUCUCUCCAGCUUUUCAGAUCCAGAUAUAUAUUGGGUAAAAUCUACUUCAUAGGUUUUCAAAGGAACAUUCUUCUGAGCAAAUCUGAAAACUCUCUAAACUCCAUUGCAAAGGAGACAGAAGAAGGAAGAGAGAAGGUAACAAGGAAAGAAGGAUGGAAGAGAAGGCAUGAGGACAGCUAUUUGGAAAUGGCACAGAGGCAUUUACAGAGAUCAUUAUGUCCUUGCGUCUCUUACCUUCCUCAGCCCUACGCAGAGCUUGAAGAAGUAAGCAGCCAUGUUGGAAAAGUCCUCAUGGCAAGGAAGUAUCUGGCCUCUAAGGACUGCAGGCAGCCUCUAGAACGAAUGUGGACCUGCAACUACAACCAGCAAAAAGACCAGUCAUGCAACCACAAGGAAAUAACUUCUACCAAAGCUGAAUGA